CAAGUCAUGUCGUGGUGGUCGGAUUAUUGGGCUGUGGCAGAAGAAUGAAAGGCGACGGAAGGAGGGCAGACUCAAAGCUUGAAGGAGACCAAAGUGACAAAUCAGUGAUGGAAGAUUUCGAGAAGAUUGCAAUCAAAGAUGCGAUGGAAGCGGAAGAAACAGCAUCCGAAUCAACGAGCAUCGUCCUUUUACUUCACCAGUUUCUUGAAAUUCAGCAGCGCAGAGCAGAAGCAUAUUCCAAGCUGAAAAGGGGUUUUUCCGAGUACAUGACUUCCGGAGGAGAAUUAGCUUACCAACAACUUUGCAGCGAGAUCACAAUAGAGUUCAAUGAUUGUUCCAAAAAAGUCAUUGAGUUGGAGUCACUAUUCCGAAGCUCUGACCAUUGUCGAGUUGAUCUAGCACAAUUGCUUAGAGCUGUUCAAGAUCAGGAAAAACAAAAACUACAGCUGACAGCUACCAUUCAGCUGUUAAAGAAAGCUGGUCGCCCAUCUGAACGUCUGGUCAGUCAUGAGAAUUGUACAUUUACAAAGCCACAAGAGCAUGAAUGUGUUCAUGUUCAUGAGAUAACAGAAGCUGCUGGGACGGAAGAGGCUGAAGCUGACGCUGAGUAUGAUAAUGCUCUCAAGGAAGCAAUUAAGGGUGUCCAGGAUACUGUUACCACGAUUAAUGAGCAUCUAGAAGAAGUCAGGUAUGAAAUUGCUACCCUUGAAGUUGAGUGAUUGCUCAUUGAGUCUCAUAUAUUUAAGUUCCUGGCCGACAUCCACCUUCAGGCAUAUAAUUAUUUGUCGGGAAUGUGAGAUAGUCUAACUGGGUUGAUACAAACGUUCAGGCUCACAAAAUUGGGCAGUUUGGCGCCAUAUGGCUUUUGUUUGUGCAACACUUUGACCAUUAAAAUGUAAAUAGUGUAAUAGACACUAUAAAAUGGAUUGAUAGCUCAUGGAUGUUGUUUAAUCAUAAUUAAUUUAUAUUAAAUUAUCUUUUGAAA